AUGGGGAGUUUUACGCGCGGGAUUUACUGGAGACUUUUCCUCGUAGUUUGCCUCUUUCUGGAAACUUCGUCGCAAAACUUCGGACAGACGCAGUUCAUUUGCACGUCCGUACCCAAGGACAUGGACAUAUGCGCGGCCACGUUGCAAAAUUCCGUGCGCGGGGACAGUAACUUGAAGAGCAGCGUCAUGCAGUUACGGGAGACGGUGCUGCAGCAAAAGGAGACCAUCAUGAACCAAAAGGAGACCAUCCGGGAACUCACGUCGAAGUUGGCGCGCUGCGAGAGCCAGAGCGGGGAGCCGGGAGCGCGGAGGAAAGACGCGGGGACGAAGAACACCAUGGGGGACGUGUCCAGGGGCCCCGCGGACACCCUAGCGCAGCUCUCGAACACUUUGCAGUCGCUAAAACAAAGGCUGGAGAACUUAGAGCAAUACAGUCGCAGUAAUAGCUCGGUACAAGCCAACAGCCUCAAGGAUCUGCUCCAAAACCGCAUCGACGAGCUGGAGAAGCAGGUCCUGUCGCGGGUCAACAGCAUCGAAGAAAACCGACACGGACUGCGCAACGAGACCGAACAGCGCGGACGAGUGGAGUCCACGCUCACGUCGCUACACCAGAGGAUUUCCGAUCUAGAGAAAGGUAAGACAGGAACCAUUUUUAUGGUGACGUUCCCUCUGCGCACGAACUACAUGUACGCCAAAGUGAAGCGCAGCCUGCCCGAGAUGUACGCCCUCACCGUCUGCAUGUGGCUCAAGUCCAACGCGUCUCCGGGAGUGGGCACCCCGCUGUCCUACGCCGUGCCCGGGCAGGCCAACGAGCUGGUGCUCAUCGAGUGGGGCAACAAUCCAAUGGAGCUGCUCAUCAAUGACAAGGUGGCCAAACUGCCCUUCCUGAUCAACGACGGGAAGUGGCACCACAUCUGCGUGACCUGGACCACCCGCGACGGAGUGUGGGAGGCCUUCCAGGACGGAGUGAAGAGAGGGAGCGGGGAGAACCUGGCCCCCUACCACCCCAUCAAACCCCAGGGCCUCCUCAUCCUGGGCCAGGAGCAGGACAUGCUGGGUGGGGGUUUCGACGCCACCCAGGCUUUUGUGGGCGACCUGGCCAACCUGCACAUCUGGGACCGCAAGUUAACCGUGGGCGAGAUCUACAACCUGGCCACCUGCAGCAGCAAGGCCCAGAUCGGCAACGUCUUCGCCUGGAUGGAGACCAGCCUGGACAUCUACGGCGGCGCCUCCAAGUGGACAUUCGAAGCGUGCCGCCAGCUCAACUAA